ACACUAUUAUUAAUAAUAAACUUCCGUAUGGAAAUCCCCCUGAUCAAACUUGCGACACUACACGCCUUAAUCUGAUGAAUUGCACCGUUUGAAUGAAAUACGGCACACAAAUCGACUGUAAACCAACCAGAGUGUAUAUUACACAUUAACGACAAUGUAAAGAUGCAUUUUAAAAUACAUAAUUAUGGGAAAAUCACUACAUUUACUUACUAGUUUGACAGAACAACAAAAACACUUACCAAUAUAAUGCCUUGGAAAGACCCUCUUUUAGCAGCCGUUCAGUUUAAAUCUAACAAAACGGUUGAAAAACUUCUACGGUUCAAUCCCGUUUCUGUUGACGGACCAUGUAGGGAUUUUAUCUCUCCUUUGCAAAUUGCUAUAACCAAUGAUGACAUUCACUGCGUUAAAACAUUGAUUCAAAAUAAGGCAAAUGUAAAUUUACCAGAUUCUGACGGAGACACGGCUUUACAUCUUGCCGCAGUCAGUGAAACAUCCUUCACAGUAUUUAAAGAGGUCCUCAAGGCCGGUGCUAACAUGUACUGCAAAGACAUUACUGAAAAAACACCUUUGCAUUACGCUUGUUUGGAAGCCAAUGUUGACAAAGUUGUAGCAAUGUUGAAAUGUUUAAAUCCACCAGUAAAUGAACCUGACGAGGACGGAGCCACCCCACUACAUUUUCUAGUUGCUGCUUCAUCCGAGUUUGAAGGCGACAAUAUCCACCACGUCGUUAAAGCUAUAAAACUUGCUAUAAAGAAAGGCUUUAAUAUAAAUACCAAAACGGAAGAAGGAGAAACUAUUUUGCACUUUGCAAGUCGAGGGAUCAACAGUGAACUUUUCAUACCAGAGCUGCUUAAAAUCAAAGGUAUAAAUGUAACAAUACAAAACAAAUUUAGAGAGAAUUUUAUACAUAGUUUUCUACGUUGUCGAGCAGGUAUUGAUACAUCAGAAAGAUUUAUGUUUCAUUUAUUGGAUGAAAAAUUGUAUCUUAUCCCCAAAGAGCAAUUGACCAUUAUUAUGAAUCAACAAAAUAACGAUGGUCAUAUACCUGUGUCUUUCUACAUUAUUCGCGGAAUCGUUAACGUAAAACUUGUCAAACAUUUCAUCAUGUUUAUUCAGAACAUCAAUACGCAAGAGAAAUUUGGCCACACACUUCUCCAUUUAACCUCACAUUCACCUUUAGAGCAAAAUGAAAAGAUAGCAAUUCUCAAAUAUUUGAUCAAACGUGGAGCGCAUGUAAACAUUAGAGAUGUUUUUGGAAGAACAGCUCUUUUCUUUGCUCGGAAACUUAGGGUAGUGAAGCUUUUGGUUGAAAGUGGUGCAGACUUAAAUUUGACUGAUCAGUGCAGACGUACCCUGAUAGUAGCAACUUUUCCUGCCUGUGAUCCACGGAUAUGCCAGUAUCUUAUAAAUAAAGGAUGUCGGGUUAACAAAACCGAUAAAUUUGGAAGCACUGCUCUGCAUUACGCUGCAUGGGAAAACAGAAUUCGAGAGGUGGACGUUUUAAUAAGAAAUGGAGCCGAUGUUUAUAAGCGCGAUCGGUCUGGUCGAACACCACACGACAUUGCCCUGUUCUGGAAAUGUUGGGAUACAUCAGAAUUACUGGAAAAAUCUAUGAAUAGAGGAUCAUUUGAACGACCAUACUCCACUAAUGCACUUGGUUAUGACUCUUCCUGGAUAAAUCUCAACUGGUCAAUUGGUUAUACCGAAUACCAAAGUAUUUCAAAUCUGAGAGAACACUUUGACCUCCCAAAAGAUAUAGAGAAGUACUACAGUCAUGUUCUAGAAUUUCAAGGAGUGGGUUUACCUCAAGCUGUAGAUGAAGCCCGGUGGAUAGAAUCGCUAGUUUUCUCAAUUACUCGCCAUAUUGCAAACCAGGUUGGUUAUCUUGACAAAAGAUUCAAAUGUUCACUUUUCCGUUCUGGCAGCACAUACGAAGGAACAAAGGUUGACGACCCCGAUGAAUUUGAUUUUCUUCUAAUUCUCGAUAAAUUCUCUCAGAUUUGUACACCAGAUCAGACUAGACAAGGAAAUCAUUUCAACAAAGGAUUUCACAAUGUCAGACAUAUUAAUAACGAUGUUAUAAAAGAGGAUUUUCAAUAUUACUUUGAUCAGGAGAAGUUUCUUAACUGCAAAAUAUUACGAGAUGAUUUCUUUGUGUUAGUCAAAAGUGUUUUAACAAAUCCAUCAACAUGGAUUUAUGAUGAAGUUUUCGUGGAUGGUUUUUCAAUACAUAAUAAGUUAAACACUCCUACAAUCAAUUUUAGACUUUUCAUUAUUGGCGAAAAUUACAAAGGAAUACAUGCCAGUAUAGAUAUUGUACCCGCAAUUCGAGUAAUGAACUGGCGUCCGAUAGGUGCUAAUUUGACCGCAAAUAACAUUGUUUCUGAAAGAGUUUUACAAGAAAAUUUCUUGAUGUUAUGUCAACAUCCAGAGGACGACGAGGAAGAGUUUGAAGAAGUCGAUACUAAUAUUUUCUUCAGAAUAUCUUGCGCUCCGUUGGAACUUCAGUUAAUGCGUUCUUUUCCAAAGUGGAUACGUCAAAGUUAUUCCUUAGCAAAAAUUAUGAAAAGUAACUUUGUGUGUCCAAAAAUAAAAUAUGAAAGAAAGCAGAUGAUUGAAAUGGCUGAUACGUUUGACGGAAAUAAUCCGAGUCGGAAUGUUACAUUCAUCGCCAGUGAUGAAAUAUCUAGCUACAUGUUGAAAAAUUGUUUAUUCCACACAGUAGAUUCCGAAUCAAGAAUCCUGCAUGAUCUGCCCUAUCCACAUAUGUCAGUUCUUUACAACUCUAUUGUACUAGCAUUGAAAAUAUAUGACCUGCUUGAGAAAUCUGCUCUAGCGGGUAAGCUUCCGGUAUUUUUAUUACCGCGUUUGAAUCUAUUUGAAAAGGAAUGGGGACAAACUAACAACAAAUAUGUUCCUGAUGAAGAACGUGAUGUUAUAUGCGAAAAAGAUGUUACUACAUGCAAAAAAAUUAAAAUGUUCUCUGAUUUCAUCAGAAAGCUAAAUGCAGUUUGAAAUGUUCCUUCGUAAUUUCUUUAAACUGCAAACUGCACUUAUUCAAUGUUCGUUUAUUUUAUAAAAAAAAAACAAGGAAAUAUUAAGUUUACUUAUUGUCUAGCUCUACUUCUACUAGUAAAUUAUUCAUUAUAAAUGCAAGUCUUUUUUUUAA